CACAAUUGAUGGUAACACGGAGGAAACAUGGCGAAUCAUCUUCGCUUCGUCGCUCGUACUGUCAUGGUCCAGAACGGCAAUGUCGAUGCUGCAUACGGCGCUCUGAGCAGAGUGCUGUCCUCAGACGGAAUAAUUGAAUCUGUGAAACGUAAAAGAUACUAUGAGAAACCCUGUCGUGAGCGACAGAGAAAGAGUUACGACAACUGUAAGAGAAUCUACAACGCUGAGAUGGCCCGCAAGUUAUCAUUCGUAGCAAGGUCACAAAGACAAGAUCCAUGGCUUGGAUGUUAAGAUGACAUAAACUGACUGUUCAUGUUGAGCACCAGAUGAGUCAUGCAUUGUGAUCUGCCUCAGAAGCAUCUUUGGUGUUUUACAAAGAUGAAGAUCCACGUGUCAAAAAGGUCUUUGCAGGACUGGUCUAUCAUCACCUUAUUUCUAUCUUGUGUUCUGAUAUUGUAGGCUAUAAACCAUUGUAUGUUUUUAUUAAUAAUAAAAAGCUUUAAAUCAUA